CGGACCUCGGUUUCUGGGGGUGCAGGGCAUCGGCGGAGGAGCUGUCGGCAUCCCUCGCCCUUCUCGAGGCGGCGGCGGCGGGAGCCUUGGCUGCCGCCUCCAGCGCGCCCUCGCUGCCCCAGGAUUUCGAACUCGUGCCCCUGACCUGUUGGGCGGGGCUCUGCGCUCCUGCCCUUGGCCCGGAUGGGGCUCCUGGCUGGGACUCGGGGCUCCUGGAGUUAAUGUCCAACUGGGGGUCUGCGGAGACCGGAUCCGAGGUGCCGCCGCCGGACGGGACUCUAAGAUGAAGUUAUGGGAUGUCGUGGCUGUCUGCCUGGUGCUGCUCCACACCGCGUCCGCCUUCCCGCUGCCCGCCGGUAAGAGGCCUCCCGAGGCGCCCGCCGAAGACCGCUCCCUCGGCCGCCGCCGCGCGCCCUUCGCGCUGAGCAGUGACUCAAAUAUGCCAGAGGAUUAUCCUGAUCAGUUUGACGACGUCAUGGAUUUUAUUCAAGCUACCAUCAGAAGACUGAAAAGGUCACCCGAGAAACAAAUGGCCUUGCCGCCUAGAAGAGAGCGGAAUCGGCAGGCGGCGGCCGCCAACCCGGAGAAUUCCAGAGGGAAAGGUCGGCGAGGCCAGAGGGGCAGAAAUCGGGGUUGUGUCUUAACUGCGAUACAUUUGAACGUCACCGACCUGGGUUUGGGCUACGAAACCAAGGAGGAACUGAUUUUUAGGUACUGCAGCGGCUCCUGUGAUGCAGCUGAGACAAUGUACGACAAAAUAUUAAAAAACUUAUCCAAAAACAGAAGGCUGGUGAGUGACAAAGUCGGGCAGGCAUGUUGCAGACCCAUCGCCUAUGACGACGACCUGUCGUUUUUAGAUGACAACCUGGUUUACCAUAUUCUAAGAAAGCAUUCCGCUAAAAGGUGUGGAUGUAUCUGACUCGGGCUCCAGAGACCGCUGUGUAUUGCAUUCCUGCUACAGUGCAAAGAAAGGGACCAAGGUUCCCAGGAAAUGUUUGCCCAGAACGGAAGAUGAGGACCAAGGAGGCAGAGGAGGAGGAGGAGGAGGA